AUGCAUCCGUACCUGGUAACGUUUGAGGAUUUGCCGCAGUGGGGCGAUGCACCGCCGCGCGUCCCUUCCAAAGAAAAUCCACUGCCCGUCCCGGAAAAACAUACGGCGCACACGACUAAACGCAGUGUGCCCGCGACGCGGCGCCAUGUACCCGGCGCAACGCAAUCUGUGAUGCAGGAGCAGGAGACGUAUUGCCACGACUCGUACUACCGAUGCUGGCGGAGUAUAUGGGACUACUGGCACAAUGAAACAGGUACGCUUGCUUCUAACUGA